CUAAGCUCUGCAUUCUCUCUCUCAUUCUUUCAUUCAUUCAAUUUCUUGUAUAAAAACCCCAUCUUUCCCCAACACUCUCAAACAUUUGCUUUGAACUUGCAAGCAACAUACAUAACAAGACAUAAGCAGCAACAUUCAUCUCAGUCCACCAGUUGAAUUUCGUUCACUUUUUGUCUCGAAGUGAGCGCUAACGCGAGUCAGCAUUAACCCCUACUUGUACCCAAACAUUUACUCAUGGAUCAUAAUAGGCUUUCUGUAGAGGGAGAAGCAGAAGGAAGCAUUCAUCUACAAAUUCAUGAGCUUCGCAGGUUAAGCGAGACGAGCAAAUGCAGCACAAUGUUCGAGCCUCGAGGGGUUAGCAUCAUUGAAAAGAGAGACAGUGGUGCUGAUAACAACUCUCUUGAUUCACCAACAACAGAAACAGCACCAGAAAAGAAGCUAACCUUGUUUGCCCUGAGGCUAGCAGUGCUUGAAAAAGCAGCAACAGGGUUAGGAACUCUCGGUUUCAUAUGGGCAACCGUUGUCCUUCUUGGCGGCUUUGCCAUCACCUUAGACAAAACCGAUUUCUGGUUCAUCACCAUCAUACUCUUGAUUGAAGGAGCCAGAAUCUUCAGCAGGAGCCAUGAACUUGAGUGGCAGCACCAAGCCACAUGGUCCAUCUCAGAUGAUGGAAUCAAAAGUUUCAGGUCCAGUUCAAGCUUUCUCUUGCAAAGACUCAAGAGCCUUUGCAGACCUAUUGCAGUGAUCAGGAAGAAAAGAAGUGAAACGGCGGAGGGUGGUGUUGUAACCCCGAGGUAUAGGGAUAAUGCCACAUGUUCUAGGACACCGACUCGCACUUGGAUUAGCUCAGAUGUUCCACUUCUACCUUAUGCUAAAUGGUUUUUCCUUUCAAGGAAUAUCAGCAAGAUUCUCUAUUGGCUUCAGCUUCUUUCUGCAACAGCUUGUGUGGUUCUUUCAUCAAUUAAGCUUGUGAUACACAAUUAUGGAGAGGUUGCUAAAGGAGACACUGACAAGAGGAAUAGAGCAUCUGCUCUGAACAUCUUUUAUGCUCUGGCACUAGCAGAAGCUCUGUUGUUCUUAACUGAGAAGGCUUACUGGGAGUGGAAAAUCAGCUACUGUGAGCUCUUGGAUGAGGUUAACCAAGAGUGUGAGUUAGGGCCUUCAGGGAUGGUUUCCAUCAGAAGAUUCUUUUAUGAUGCUUAUUCAAGGUGUGUCAAUGGAAGCAUAUUUGAUGGGUUGAAGAUGGACAUGGUCUGUUUCGCCAUGGAUCUCUUGGCUUCAAAUUCACCUGAUGAACAGCUCAUUGGGGCGAGAAUUCUUCGCCAAUUCGCGGUCAGUGAGCGGUUUUCUGAUGACACGCUUCAGAAGAUUGGAAUUUCCAUAUCUGUGGUGGAGAGACUAGUUGAGAUGUUGAAUUGGGAUGAUCACAAGGAGGAGGAAAUUAGGCUAUCAGCUGCGGAGAUUUUGUCAGCAUUAGCCGGCAAGAAGCAGAACUCGCUCCGCAUAGCCGGGAUACCAGGAGCUAUGGAGUCAAUUUCAUCUCUUCUCCAGACUAACAGGAGUUCUAUACCUGCAGCUGAUGAAAUUGGAGAAAAGAAACUCAUUUUAGAUCACCCCAGUUAUGGUUUCUGGACAUUCAACCACUUGGGACUCCUCAUUUUGAAAAAACUUGCACAUGAUCAUGACAACUGUUGGAAGAUUGGAAACACAAGAGGCCUGCUCCCAAAGAUCAUUGAAUUCACUCAUGCUGAAGAAAGGUUGCUGAAGAAUGAAAAUGUUACUCCAACCCAGAUUCUGACACUGAAGAGAUCUCUGCAGCUGGUGAAGAUGCUGGCUAGCACAACAGGCGCUAAUGGGAAGCAACUUAGGAAAGAGAUUUCAGAGAUAGUCUUCACAAUCAGCAAUAUCAGAGACAUUUUAAGGCAUGGAGAGAAACACCCCUUGUUGCAGAAACUAAGCAUAGAGAUUUUAACCAGUCUCGCAUUGGAAGAUGAAGCGACGGAAAGGAUUGGAGGUACAGGUGGAGUGCUUAAAGAAUUGUUCAAUAUAUUUUUCAGACAAAGCAUACCUGAAAGUCAGAAAGAUGUAACAGCUGUUGCUGGCCAGGCCCUAGCAAUGUUGGCAUUAGAAAGUAAGAGCAAUUGUCAUCGGAUUCUGAAGUUGAAAGUAGUGGAGAGGCUGGUAUUUGCAUUGAAAGUUCCGCUGCUUCGCGUCAAUGCUGCUAGGAUUCUAAGAAACUUGUGCAUCUACAGUGGAUCAGAUUCAGAAUGCUUCAACCAGCUUAAGAGGGUUACAGCUGCAGCACCCACAGUACUUCAGGCAAUCAUGUCAGAAGAAAACAAGCUACAAGAAGUGAUGGUUGGACUUGCAGCAAAUGUUUUCACAUUCAUGACUUCUUCUGAAUCAAGGAGAGUGUUUGAAGAUUCUGGAAUCACUGAGGCUGAACUAGCAAAUAAAUUAGUCCAGAUUCUGAAGAAACACAAGUAUCCACCCACAAAGGUCCCAAGGAUAAGGAGAUUCGUGAUAGAGCUGGCGAUUUGGAUGAUGAAAGACGAAGCAGAAAAUAUACAAACUUUCACGGAUCUGGGAAUGGAGGAGGUGCUGGAGGGUGUCCUAGAGACCACAUCAGAGCUUGAAAGCUUUAAUGUUUUCUCUGGUACUGUGGGAUUGAACCGGCACAAUCUAACCAUUCACUCACUGGUUGAGACAGCAUUGAAGUUGUUGGAAGAUUGGUAAAAUAAUCAAACACAGAACAUCAAUGCAAAACCAGAAAUCCAUGUUACUCAGCAAUCAUUGUAAUAGAGUACUUUGUACAUAUGUGUGUGUAAAAGCUAGGCUGACUAAGUAAUUCAUUCAUUAAUUUUUUUUUUCUUCCAGAUUCAAUGUAUUUGAACUAAAUUAUCCAUAUUUCCUCUGUAUUGUUAAAUGCUAUAUUAUACUAACCUGAUAUUUUACUGGUAA